CGAUCAUUGAUGACAUUCGGUUCAGCGAGUUGGCGUUUAUCCACUUCACUAUCAUCAGCCGCACCACAAGCACGUCAGUCGUCUGCCGCCUAUUCACCGAUGUCCUCUGAUCGACCAAAUGUCAAUUCAUUGGAUAUUCCACUGCCCGAAACAAGAGUUGAUUGGGAGCGACAGUUUUUCGAUGAGGACGUGUACAGUCAUCCGGUUUGGGAUCCUUCGAAUGUGAGCUUUUCGUAG